AGGAACACGCCCAACGUGAUAGAGUAGACACAACUGUUCCCAACAACAAUUAUACUGUUAUCUUUCUUUUUUAUAAAGAAAAUCUAAACUCAACCAACGUCACAAUGAGUAAGGACACAGAGGUGGACAUGAAGGACGUGGAGUUGAAUGAGAUGGACCAGGAGAAGCAGCCGAUGACAGGCGGGGCAGGGAACGGAGAUGCCGGUUCUCCCACCAGCACGGAGAAGAACGGCAGCGUUAAAGUGAAAAUCCCUGAGGAGACUGAGACUAAAUUUACCGGUCUAUCCAAAGAGGAACUCCUCAGAGUCGCUGGAACACCUGCGUAAGAAACAAGACCUGGAAAAAACUGUAGCUCAUAACAAAAUAUAGGUUAACGGAUGUUUACAAUGCAAAAGUUAGGGUAUAAUAUUGCAUUACUAAUUCAUCUCUCUCCCUCCAUCUCCUAAAGGUGGGUCCGGACACGAUGGGCCCUUCUGAUUCUGUUCUGGCUGGGCUGGCUGGGGAUGCUGGCUGGUGCUGUGGUCAUCAUUGUUCAAGCACCUCGCUGCAAAGACCUUCCUGCCAUGAACUGGUGGAAUUAUGGACCUCUGUACCAAAUUGGAGAUGUGCAAGCGUUCAGCGAGUCCCAGAAUCUGAAGGGUAAGAGUCACUGAAAGGGGUGAUGAUGAAUUACAUUUUAGCAGACGCUCUUAUCCAGAGCGACUUACAGUUAGUGAGUGCAUACAUUUUCAUGCUGGCCCCCCGUGGGAAACGAACCCACAACCCUGGCGUUGCAAGCGCCAUGCGCUACCAACUGAGCUACAGGGGAGACAUUUGUGGUGAACCCCACUAGUAGGUCACAGCCAAGUUAUAUUAAGUAGUACUUUGAGUACAGUACCAGUCAAAGGUUUAGACACACCUACUCAUUCGAGGGAUUUUCUAUUUUUUUCUACAUUGUAUAAUAAUAGUGAAGACAUCAAAACUAUGAAAUAACACAUAUGGAAUCAUGUAGUAACCAAAGAAGUGUUAAACAAAUCAAAAUAUAUGUUAGAUUUUAGGUUCUUCAAAUUAUCCGCCCUUUGCCUUGAUGACAACUUUGCACACUCUUGGCAUCUCUCAACCAGCUUCAUGAGGAAUGCUUUUCCAACAGUCUUGAAGGAGUUCCCACAUACGCUGAGCACUUGUUGGCUGCUUUUCCUUCCCUCUGCCGUCCGACUCAUCCCAAACCAUCUCAAUUGGGUUGAGGUCGGGUGAUUGUGGAGGCCAGGUCAUCUGAUAUAGCACUCCAUCGCUCUCCAUCUUGGUCAAAUAGCCCUUACACAGCCUGGAGGUGUGUUGGGUCAUUGUCCUGUUGAAAAACAAAUGAUAGUCCCACUAAGCGCAAACCAGAUGGGAAUGGCGUAUUGCUGCAGAAUGCUGUGGUAGCCAUGCUGGUUCAGUGUGCCUUGAAAUCUAAAUAAAUCACUGACAGUGUCACCAGCAAAGCACCAUCACACCUCCUCCUCCGUGCUUCACGGUUGGAACCACACAUGCGGAGAUAAUCCGUUCACCUACUCUGCGUCUCACAAAGACACGGGUUGGAACCAAACAUCUCAAAAGACCAAAGUCUACAUUCCAUUGCUCGUGUUUCUUGGCCCAAGCAAGUCUCUUAUUGGUGUCGUUUAGUAGUGGUUUCUUUUCAGCAAUUCGACCAUGAAGGCCUGAUUUCACACAGUCCCCUCUGAACAGUUGAUGUUGAGAUGUGUCUGUUACUUGAACUAUGAAGUAUUUAUUUGGGCUGCAAUUUCUGAGGCUGGUAACUCUAAUGAACUUAUACUCUGUAGCAGAGGUAACUCUGGGUCUUCCUUUCCUGUGGCGGUCCUCAUGAGAGCCAGUUUCAUCAUAGCGCUUGAUGGUUUUUGCGACUGCACUUGAAGAAACUUUCAAAGUUCUUGAAAUUUUCCAUAUUGACUGAUCUUCAUGUGUUAAAGUAAUGAUGGACUGUCGUUUCUCUUUGCUUAUUUGAGCUGUUCUUGCCAUGGACUUGGUCUUUUACCAAAUAGGGCCAUCUUCUGUAUAUCACCCCUACCUUGUCAUAACACAACUGAUUGGCUCAAACACAUUAAGAAGGAAAGAAAUUCCACAAAUUAACUUUUAACAAGGCACACCUGUUAAUUUAAAUGCAUUCCAGGUUACUACCUCAUGAAGCUGGUUGAGAGUGCCAAGAGCGUGCAAAGCUGUCAUCAAGGCAAAGGGUGGCUAAAUUAAAGAAUGUCAAAUAUAAAAUAUAUUUUGAUUUGUUAAACACUUUUUUUUGGUUACUACAUUAUUCCCUAUGUGUUAUUUCAUAGUUUUGAUGUCUUCACUAUUAUUCUACAAUGUAAAACUAAAGAAAAACCCUUGAAUGAGUAGGUGUGGUCAAACUUUUGACUGGUACUGUAUAUGAAACCACAUAGACUGGGUGGGAUUACUGAGUGAGGUUCUGGGGACACUGAAAUUGGGUCUCUGGUGAUAGUGUGUGUGUUGGGGAGGGGUCUGACGCGGUGUCUAGACAUGAUAUUACAUGAGAUAAAAUACAUAUGCUUUAGCAAUUCCAUGUGUGCGCUAUAGGAGCAUUGAGGUCAGAUGUAUUGCACAUGAACACGUUUCCCACUCCAGUGACUCCGCUCUGGGGGAUGGAGCCUGCUGAACCAGCAUAAUCCAGUUUCUUCCCCUGUCCCCUCGCUACACCCUCACUGACUGGUUUGGCAGGUUUCUUGUUUGGGGGUAUUAGUCACACCAGGAACUGGGCUACACAAUGACUGUGGAACUUUUUUGUGGGAGCACAGCUAUUACCGCCAGUUACUAUUCACUUGAUAGGGCUUUAUAGAAAAUGAGAUUUACAUAAAGAUGGCAAUGAAAAUAUAUAUAUAUUUUUUUUUAAAUUCUUUUUACAAAUGAGAUUUAAAAUCCAUACUGAAGGGGUUGCUCUCCCUAAUUCAGCAGUGUUAUUAAUUAUACAUGAAUGACCACUUUUAGUAAGCAGUUUUCUAAUGUGUAACAGGUGUGGAGGAGAAGCUUGACAGUCUGGGCCAGCUGAAGGUGAAGGGACUGGUUGUUGGGCCCAUCCAUGUUGCCCCUGCAGACAACCUUGAGAGCCUGAAAUUUGAGGAGAUAUCCAAUGACGCUGGCAAUCUGGAACAGUUCAAAGGCCUCAUUAUAGCUGCGCACAAGAAGAGUGAGUAUAGUCCCUCUUUAUAGGGGCUUCAUUUAUACACUAUUUCAAUCGUUGUCUCCUGAAACUGCUCAUUGGUUGGGCAGUGGUCUGUUGAAGUUCAGAUGGACUAACUCUCGCCCCUCUCUGACAGGCAUCAAUGUGAUCCUGGAUCUGACUCCCAACUAUCUGGGAAGCGGACCAUGGUUCUCUAACGUCAGUGUCACCAACGUUGCUGAGAGACUGAAGGUAAGAGUUCGGCGCAUCUCUUCUCAGUGAACUCAUUAAAUCCACUCCUAAUCAGUCCCAACAAUGUAUUUGCGUGUAUCUAUCUAAUAAUGUGUGAACCCUCUCUCCGUCCAGUCUGCGCUGGUGUUCUGGUUGAACCAAGGUGUGGAUGGGAUCCAGCUGUCUGGUGUAGAGCGCGUGGCCAGCAUGGUUCCAUCUCUUUGGGCUGACAUUCGAGCCAUUGUCCAGAAUGGGACUGAGGAGGGAAAGAGAAGGUGAGUACAUGUCCACCAUUAUGUACAUCACACUCAGAACUCAACUGGGCCUCUCAGUAGAUUGUUAUGCAUGGGAGCCACCUGGCGGUUUAGUGACAGUAUUGUGUUUCCAUAAAAUUUUCGUCCUCCACAAAAUGGCUAUUGGCUAACUUGUGCCCUCUAGUGGUGUAAAUUGCACUGACUGCUGCUGAGAAGAAAGCUGAUACUUUAUCUUAAUUCUAUUACAAUGGGUACAUUGUGUGACUUGUGUAGAUAACAUUCAUUGAGGAAAGGAAUGCAUUUUUUUGUUUCUUGCUCAGGAUUCUGAUUGGAGUGACUGCAAGGACCUCUGCUGUUGAAGUCUCUGAACUGCUGAACUCCACUGGGGUGGACCUACUCCUAUCCGGGGCCCUCAGGUCUAAGACCAUGACCGCUUUGGAUCGCGCUCAGACUGUCCAGCAGCUGCUCUCCUCCCACAACCAGACCAAGCUAGCCUGGAACAUUGGGGACAGGAAGGAGGGUCACCUGGCCACACUGGUGGGCCCAGACAAGGUCAACUUCAACCAGAUGCUCUUGCUGACGCUGCCCGGAACCCCAGUGUUCAACUAUGGGGAUGAGAUUGCCCUGGCUGAUGAGGUGAGCAGGGGGUUUCCAUAACUAAUGUAUCACAAAACAAAUAACAGCUUUAGCCUUGGAGAAAUGUGUCAUACUUUUUAAAAGGAUAUAUUUUCUUGAUUUUUACUGGUGUUAAUUGUUCUAUAACAGGAUACAAAGUUCCCUAAGAUGCUGUGGGAUUCCCUGGAUGAUGAGGAGACAAAUGGAACUGCUAAGGUAAGUGAGAUGCUAAUGCAUACACAUUAUGCAUUAUGUAUGUGUAUAAAAAUACACAUACACUAAUGCACAUCAGAUUCAUUCUGAUUAAAAAAAAUACAACUGUUGGCAAAGCAAGGAAAUUCAUGUUUAAUUCUUACCACCCUCAGAAGGAGAAAGAACAGAGGCUCGCCUGCCGUUCCUUCUUCAAGACACUGAGUGACCUGCGUGGAAAAGAGCGUUCCCUGCAGCAUGGGGACUACAUUCCCCUUUUCAACUCCACCUCUGCCCUGGCCUACCUCCGCCAGUGGGACCAGAGUGGGCGCUACAUCGCUGCCUUCAACUGGGGCAGUGACGCGGUGACCCUUCAGCUGGCCCACCCUGACCGGCCUGCUCAGGCUGUGGUCCAGGUGAGCACAGACAAGGCCAACCUGGCCCCCGACAGUGCCGUUGAGCUCUCUGCACUGGAGUUGGGCCCGGGCCAGGCUGUCCUGCUACAGUUCCCCUACGUAGCCUAGAGAGGGGGGAGAUCCCAGCACCAUCUGUAUGUGGGCAUUGAUGUUAAAGUAGUUGUCUCUCCGUGGUGAACAUUUUUAAAAUCACUUAUGCUAGUUAUUUUUUUAGGGCAUUCUGUUACUUUUUUUUUAUGUCUGAAAAAUAGUUACUGUAUCAUUCACACUGAUACUUCUGGUCAAAGAAUUUUAGCUUAGAAAAUAGUAACUGCUGUGAAUUAAUUCUGUAUUCUAGAAUACGGUGUUGUCUGACAUACAAACACAAAUGUCCUCAUCGCAAGCACCAGUCAAGCCUCUGCAACCAUCUGUCUAUCUUGCUGUUACUGAAAAUACAUUCCAGACCAUGAAAUACCAUGAUUGAUUUUAGCAUUUUAAAAGUUUGUAUUUUAUGUACUUUUUUUUUAGUUGCUUUUGGGGGGCUUGGUUGCUCCCUUACUAAAAUGUUGUAAUUGUGUUCAAAAGUAAUGCCCCUCUCCUUUCUCACGUUUCAAGAAGUCUCUGAUGUUAUGAUUGCUUUUGCAGCUGAGGGAAGUGAAGAACACAUCAAAGGUGGAGGGGCUGAAACUCUUUCAUCAUACUAAAUGAAAUUGCCAUGAUAUAAAACAGGGGAAAUAAAUCAAACUGAAUACAACCCUUACUAGUCUGUUAUAUUUAGGCUAGCAAUGUUGUGUGAAAUCUAAACCCUAGAUUAGACAUUAAAGCUAGCCCUCUAUCCACUCUACAAACUUCAGACUUCCACCCAGGACCAGGUGCACUUGAACGUCUCUUGGUAUCUUUAUUUAUAGAUAUCCAUAGUGCAUGGGGGGAGCUCUGUCUCACCUGACUAUGUGAACACUUAUUAAAAAUGUAUAUGCAAACCCUGGGGGAGACACCUCUAUAGACGGACACAGUGACUGCUGCUGUUUGCACCCACAGAAGUGGAUUAUGAGAUGGUGGUUGACUAAACAUAAGAACAUAAUAUAUGCAUUCAAGAGUAUAAAUGUGUGAUAAAAAUGCACUCUAUUUAGCUGGGACAAUCUAUUUGUUGAUCAGUCUAGGAUGGAAAAGCCUCUGUGGGAGGAACAAUCAAUGAUGACGUUCAAGCCAUACGACUGCCAUUGGCCUAGUUGAUUUUGGAUUUCCAUCAGAA